AUGGCCAGCAAUAGGAGACUUAAUAUAGAGAUUCAGAAUAUGAUGAAAGACAAUAAUCUGGAAAGAAAUCAUUACUGCAUAGAACUCGUGGGCGAAACCAAUUCACACCUGUUUGGCAAAAUUGUUGGCCCGCCCGACACGCCCUUUCAAAGGGGUGUCUUCACUAUUGAUAUCACUAUACCCGACAGAUACCCGUUGGCGCCGCCCGCCUGCAAGUUCGUGACCAGAGUAUGGCAUCCGAACAUCUCGUCAAUGACCGGAGCGAUAGGUCUCGAUAUACUCCACACGCAGCUAGUGUUGAAACGACCGCCGGUUUCGCGGCAAGAUUUUAGGCAACAAUUGUCCGCCGGUUUGCCGGACAUUAUACUCACGCCAUGGAUCGCAUCCGAAAUUAUCCCAUACUUGGAUGGUAUGCGUAAAUAUCAUUUAAACUACCAGGCCACCACCGUGGUCGACUACCUUGAUGAAAAUGUGAUAGUGGCCCGGACACGGCUCGGCACCCCAUUUACCAUGUUUUCGUACUUCACAUGCUUCGCACCCAAUGUAUGGCUCGCUGUAUUCGUAUCGCUAGUUGUGUUGGCCGUUGUGUUAAGCGUCGGGUGCGGCAACACUACCCCCAAAGGCCGACACAGAGAUACCUGUCCUAAACGGCUAUAUGAAAGCGCAUGGAAUCUCUCCAAUAUAUUAUACCAAAAAUCAUUGCAAAACUUUUUACAAAAAUUACGGCACCGGUUGUCGCCGGCGCUGGUGAUUGGUGUGUGGUUAGUGUCAGCUCUGGUGCUGUCCAUAGAGUUUACCAGCUUUUUGCUCGACUAUAUGCACAGAUCGGUACCGACACUAGCGGUGGACUCACUCCGGGAGCUGACAGAGUGGGACGAUAUGCGGUUAUAUGUGUCUAACGUUAGUUCACUAUACAGUUAUGUAAUGAAAGAGUCGGCCACUGACCCACUGGCCCGGGCUAUUAACGACCGUAUGAUUUUGUACUCAACGACUGGUUGGCUAUCAAUUAAGUUUGCGCUGCAAAUGUUGCGGCGCCUAAUGUCCGGGUCGUACGCCAUGACCACAAAUAGGCUGACGGCUAUAUUUAUAUUAUUUCAUUUGGUAGAGAUUGAUAAUAGGGUCGGGGGUCCGGCGCUUCAGGAUGUGCUACACGUGUCCCGAUAUGGCAGUGAAUUUGCCCCGUUUUUCAUGGCGUUUAACUCCGACUGCCAGCAGUUUAUCACAAAUGGUUUCAAUCAAAUCGUUUGA